AUAAAUAAAUGUUAAAAAUGCCGUUAUGGCAAAUUUGAAUUUGUUUUCGUUGCAUUUUAGUAGAAUUUACUAAAUUAUUAUAUAAACAUAUUAUUAAAAUUAUGUCUUAUUAUAAACUAAUAAAUAAUAAUGGAUAAUACGUGUAGAUUAUGUUUGAAAGAAUCUCCCGAAAUCGUAGAAGAAUUAUGGGAAGGUUGUGAAGUUUUGGACCAACUAUCAAGCUGUUUAUCGCACUAUGUGCCUUUGACAAAAGAGUUACCAAACAAAAUAUGCUAUCCAUGUGUCAAUAAAGUACAAGAAAUACAUAUAUUCCAUCAAAAAAUUUACCAAAAUGAAUUGAUUCUACAAAAGAAACUUAAUGAUAUAUUAUGUGAUUCAAGUAAAAAUAUAAGUGAUAUUAAACAAGAAAAUGAAUUAUACUAUGAUGAAAAUGAUUUUAAUAAUGUUAACAAGGAAACAAAUAAAGAAAAGGCAUCUGUUUUUGAAAUAAAUGUGAAAUCAGAAUUACUAGAAAAUAAAUUAAUAAAUGAAGAUAGUUAUGCAAUAUCAAAUGUAUCACAUAGUGAAAACUCUUUAAAUAUAGCCAUAGAUAAUGUAAAAAUAAAAAAAAGUAAUGGUAAAUGUAUAAAUGAACAGGAAUCAAACUGUGGUAGUGUUGACGAUAUACAAUUGAAAGUAUUAAAAGAAAAUAAAAACACAAUUACAGAAUUAACAAAGAUAAAUGACACAAAAAGAUAUAUGUGUUUAACAUGCUUCAAAGUAUUUCAUAAUCAACGAGAAUUAUUAAGACAUUACCAGACGAUUGAAUUAGAGAAGUAUAACGAAAAAAAUAUUGAAAUUAAGGAAAAAAUUGAGCCUGUUAAAUAUCAAUCUUUUGUAUCUGAAGAUGGUACUUUAAUGUAUAAAUGUGAGAGGUGUUAUAAAAAAUACAUACACAAAGUAUUUAUUGAAAGGCAUAUUAAAAGUCAUAUUGAAAAAAGACCAUUUCUAUGUAAAUUAUGUGGUAAAACAUAUCAAACAGCGUCAAUUAUUGUAGCGCACGGCAAAAUGCAUAUGGGUGAAAUGUACGCAUGUUCCUACAACUGCGGCUACAGAUCUGUCCAUAAACAUGUAGUCAAAGAUCAUGAGAAACGUCACAGGAAAGAAUAUAAGUAUAAAUGCGAAGUAUGUGGCAAAGGUUUUCAAGUGAAGACAUCUUAUGAACAACAUCAGAACAUUCACAAAGGCAUCAAACCAUUCUCAUGUGAUAUAUGCAGCAUGACAUUCCAUUUGCACAAAUAUCUUACAACUCACCGGAGCAACGUACACCCACAGUCGUCCGGUAGAAAGCCGUGGGUUUGUAAACAGUGCUUGCUGCCCUGUGAUUCAAAAAAUAGUCUCAAUAUACAUUUGAAGGAUAAGCAUGGUAUUAUUGUUAAGGUUUCCAUACUUUGUGAUAUCUGUGGUAAAGUCGUUAGAGAUACACAACAGUUAAAGUCUCAUCAAAGGAGUGUUCAUCUAAAUAUUAAGCCGUACACUUGUAGUGUAUGUAAUAAAUCAUUCCCAAAGAAAUUUACAUUAAAGGUUCACGAACAAACACACACAGGGAAGCUAUAUGUGUGCAGUGUGUGUGAUAAAAAGUUUUCCAGACAAAGCAGCCUUCAAAGGCAUUUACAACGUUUCCAUGUUGAUUCAAAGCUCAAAUGUCAAAAAUGUGAGAAAGUAUUCACGACGAAAGUGAAGUUGACGCCGCAUAAAAAAAAUUGCAGUGGAAAUAUUGACGAUACAAGAACAUCAUAAAAUGAACAAAAACUAUAAAAUAUAGUACCCUUAAUAUUCUAAUUUUAUAAAAAUGAAAUCGUAUAGAAAUCAGUAGACUUGUCGGGAAGUGAGUGCCGAGAUGGUCCAGUGGCAAGAACGCGUGAAUCUUAACCGAAGAUCGUGGGUUCAAACCCGGGCAAGCACCACUGAAUUUUCAUGUGCUUAAUUUGUGAUUAUAAUUCAUCUCGUGCUUUACGGUGAAGGAAAACAUCGUGAGGAAACCUGCAUGUGUCUAAUUUCACUGAAAUUCAGCCACAUGUGUAUUCCACUAACCCGCAUUGGAGGAUGCGUGGUGGAAUAAGCUCCAAAAAACCUUCUCCUCAAAAAGAGGAGAGGAGGCCUUUUCGCCCAACAGACGAAAGUGAUUCGAUCACCUAUCCCCUAUUUCAACCACAGGAGUAAAGACAAAUAAACAAUUUUGACAUUAAAUUGAAGCUAAAUUAUUGGUCAAGAUCUUAAAUAAAAAUAAUAGUCUAUGAUAUUCGAAGUCAAAGGUCGAUUCGACAAAGUUCUUAUCGAAAAUUUUAAAGGAAAAUUACAGACGAUAUAAAUAAUGAUGUGAAAUAGUGG